AUGUUAGGUAGCGAGAGCAAGUUGGUACCACCUGCUGCUCUCGUUGCUCCCUUCGAAUGGACGAAUGACGCUACAUUAGAAUUAAUUCGUUUACGACGCGACUACCAUAACGAUUUCGAGUUCGUUUCCAAUAACCGGCAUGAAAGGAUAUGGCAAAACAUAUCCAAUGAUCUAUUAAAUAAUGGGGGGUUUGCCGCUUCUCCCGCCCAAUGUAGAAGAAAAUGGUACUCGUUGAAAUACGGUGAUUCUAGUAAUGUUGGUUAUGAAACCAACAAAAAAUUUAAAAAUUUGUUUAAUGAUUUUAUAAGGAAAAAAGGAAAGAAUUUUUUUGUAGCAUUAUACUUAACGGCAUUCUCUGCAUUUUUAUUACAUCUCGUAUCUGUUUUAUUUGGUGCACCUUUAUUCCAUAAUGUACAAAAUACUUUGAUGUUUGCAAUAUAUGUCUCAUUAUUAGGAAUAUUUCCACCCGCGGUUGCAUUUAAAACCCAUGGUCCAUAUUGGUCGAGAGUAUUUUCUGAUUUCAAUCCCGAAACAAUCCCAGAGAAAAUGGUGUAUUAUUCAACUGUAGGGACAAUAAUAGGUGCAUGGGCUGGCGCUAUAGUUAUACCAUUAGAUUGGGAUAGAUCAUGGCAGGUAUGGCCUAUUUCUUGUGUUAUAAGUGCUUAUAUUGGACAUGUAAUUGGAAGUAUUUUGGCAGUAAUCGUAUGUUAUUUUAAUCCUGAAAGCUCUACGCUGCGAAAGAAGAGGAGAUGA